UUAUCCUACGGAAACGUGGAUGUCGUGGAAAUAUUGUUAGACUGCUGUGGUAUAUUUUAGAACAUUAGUCCUGUAUACUACUGGCUGUGUGCUUAUUACUAAGCCAUGGCGUUGUACAAAAAUGCUUCCGAGAUUCUCGAAAAAGUGGAAAGGAAGAAGGGUACUGUAAAGACGCUGGUUUACGACAGUAAAUUCCAGAAUAUCAAGCAGCUCUUUGCCCUGGUUUGUGAGACACAAAAGUUCUCAUCUGUCCUCCAAGAAAUUAUCGACUCCACUCAGCUCCUCAAAAAGACCAAACUCAAAAUGAAUCUGGCAAAGGUGUUGGUGUAUGACUUGCUGAUUGGCCAAGGGCUUAAAUGUGGCGGUGGCUGGAAGGUGGUGCUGAUGAAGCAUCGCUCCGCAUUGCACGCGGCCCUGGCUCGUAUGAAGAUCAAGAAGAAGGUCAGCCGAAACCAGGACCUGCUCCCCAUCGCGGUACAGAACCCCGAAGGCGACGAGCUCCCAAGGUAUGUGCGAGUGAACACGCUGAAGACGAAAGUGGAAGACGUCGUCGACUAUUUCAAGAGGGAGGGCUUUGCUUACCAUGGUCAAGCCUACAGGCUUGAGGACUUGACCACCCUGAGAGGCAAAACCUUUGUAGGUGAUCUGCAUCUGUCAGACCUGUUAGUUUUUGCAGCCAAAACAGAUUUCCACGACCAUUAUCUGUACAAAGCUGGUCACAUCAUACUGCAGGAUAAGGCAAGCUGUCUUCCAGCGUACCUCCUGAAACCUCCCGCUGGCAGCCACGUCCUCGACGCUUGUGCCGCCCCUGGGAAUAAAACAAGCCACCUUGCUGCCAUCAUGAACAACACAGGGAAACUGUUUGCCUUCGACCUGGAUGCCAAGCGCCUGUCCACGAUGUCGACGCUCCUGCUUCGUGCAGGAGUCACAUGUCAGCAGCUGGCCAAUGAGGACUUCUUAAAGGUGGACCCGCACAGCCCCCUGUAUAAAGAUGUUCAGUACAUUCUACUGGACCCAUCGUGUAGUGGAUCAGGAAUGGUCUCUUUGAAGAACGAGGCUUCGUCCCAGACGGCACAGGACAAGCGUCUGCAGGCCCUAGCAGCCUUCCAGCUGCGCUGUCUGAACCACGCCCUGCGUUUCCCACGCCUGCAGCGCCUCGCCUACUCCACCUGCUCCGUCCACACUGAGGAGAACGAGCAGGUGGUGUCCGCCUGUCUGCAGGACAACCCUGGCUUCAGGCUGGUGUCGGUGCUUCCGCAGUGGCCAGAGCGCGGCCUGGCCCCUCUGACCCAGUGCCUGCGAGCGAGCGUUGCCAAGACGCACACCCACGGCUUCUUUGUGGCUCUGCUGGAGAGGCACACGGCUGAGAGCAAAGUCCAGGUCACCCCAACAAUUCUCCCAGUCACCGAGUCAAGUUCAAGUUUGCCACUCGAUGAGGGGAAUCCAGGUGCUGAAAAGCCCAUCAUCGAGGAACUUGAACCUACAGAUAUGCAGACAAACUGCUCAGCAAGAAAGAAGACCAAAAAAAAGAAAAAGAAGACUAAAGUUGAGUGAUAACUUAUCUGCUAGGGUACGCUACCAGACACAGCAAUACAACCACGGUUCUGUCGACGUUUUCAAAUCCUUCUGUCGCAUCAAUUAGCCCUCGUUACCUCAGUUGGACUUCUCAAUGUACGCAUCAUGUCUUGCCCAUGUCUCGAAUAAACAUUUAAAACCAAGGCCCUGCCACCAAACUACUGUUGAAAAAUGGCUCGAGUGAAUGCACAAAAUGCCUGAGAUAUAGUCAUCACAUAUUUAUUCAAAACAAGGUACAUUUCAUGAGCAGAAAGGGAGGCCAUUACACAAUACAUCCAGGUCUGCACACGCACGCCUUUCCCGUCCUCUUAAGGGAAAGCACCUCUUAUUACAAAACAAUCUGCGUACACACACACUCACAACAUUCCUAAAUAAGAGAAUAUAGCCACACCAGCUAGCUACAGCACUCGCAAACACUCAUAACUUAAGACAUCCAGCUCUUUGAACCCCGCUGCAACAAAACCAAAUCUACAUUUCAGCCAUUUGGUGCCCCUUCUGUAACAUUCGAACAAAACACGAGCUGACAUCCUUCGUCCAUACUGUACAGUAUAGCCACAAUCAAAGCUCAAAACGUCUUGAAAACACAUGAACAUGAGGCUUAAAUAAGAAGGUUUGACAUGAAGUACACGUGUUCAUUAGUCGUUGUACAAAUGGGCAUAAGCACACUCGAUUUGUUUUGAUUCGAACCCAAUGACUACGACUACAUUCUUUGUUUUGUGCUUUUUUAGUUGUGCAAGUCUAUGACGCCCACAUCGAUUGAGGAUUCCCGAACCAAUUUGAAAGUUAGUUUACACUGCCGUCACCAUGUAUAUCUAAACCAGGUUCCUUCAGUGUUCAGUGGAUGCACAAGCAAAUCAAAUAUCACAACACAAUGAGCCUCUAGCAUGAGACUUUCCCACCAAUAAUCUCGUGGCAGACAUUCCCAGUGAUUAAACUGGACAGUGACGAGUUCUUAUUUUAAAGGGAUGUUGAAAUGUAACGAAAAUAAAAUGAAUAAAAAAGUUACAUUUUGGAAUUGUGGUGCAUAUAUAUAUAUAUAUAAACAGAAUGGACAAGGAACUCAAAUGUACCACAACUGACAAAUUAAUUUGCCUAAACUCUCACACGCACACUUACAUAUGAAGUCACCAAAAAGUCUCUAUAAGCAACACAAUUGACAUGCUCAUUAGGCUUGUACUGUACACAAUAAGACAGCAUUCACAUACAGUACACUCACAGUUGCAGACCUAGUGCUCUCUCGUAUAAAAGAAGUGAACUCUUACAAAGGGAAACUUUUAUAGACAAUUUUAUUCCACCAAUGCAGUAGGUUGAAGAAAACUUAACGAAUUAGAAAAAAGUCAUUCACAACUAACUAAAGACCAAUGCCUCAGUGAGCCAAGCUUGAAGGAAUUCUAAAAGGCAACCUGCUUAAAUACAAAAAUAAAGUCUGUGCGCAUUUCCCCUUGGCCCCCCCCCCCUCCCCUUUUUACUCCGUUUUAGCAUCUGUUGCCACUAUUCAGCCAAAUCAGGCCCUGCACACACACAUUCACACUUCUCACAAUCACUACCUGGCUCGACCAGAAGAGAUGAUCCUUACUAAAAG